AUGGGGCGACCCCUGCCCCGGGGAGGCCCCCACUCCCCAUCGGGAGACCCCUGCCCCCGGGAACCCCCCACUCCCCAUCGGGCGACCCCUGCCCCCGGGAACCCCCCCACUCCCCAUUGGGAGACCCCUGCCCCCGGGUGGCCCCCACUCCCCAUCGGGCGACCCCUGCCCCCGGGAAUCCCCCCACUCCCCAUCGGGAGACCCCUGCCCCCGGGAAUCCCCCCACUCCCCAUCGGGCGACCCCUGCCCCCGGGCGGCCCCCACUCCCCAUCGGGCGACCCCUGCCCCCGGGAGGCCCCCACUCCCCAUCGGGCGACCCCUGCCCCCGGGAAUCCCCCCACUCCCCAUCGGGAGACCCCUCCCCCCGGGAGGCCCCCACUCCCCAUCGGGCGACCCCUGCCCCCGGGAACCCCCCCACUCCCCAUCGGGAGACCCCUGCCCCCGGGAGGCCCCCACUCCCCAUCGGGCGACCCCUGCCCCCGGGAAUCCCCCACUCCCCAUCGGGAGACCCCUGCCCCCGGGAACCCCCCACUCCCCAUCGGGAGACCCCUGCCCCCGGGAACCCCCCACUCCCCAUCGGGAGACCCCUGCCCCCGGGAACCCCCCACUCCCCAUCGGGAGACCCCUGCCCCCGGGCGGCCCCCACUCCCCAUCGGGCGACCCCUGCCCCCGGGAACCCCCCACUCCCCAUCGGGAGACCCCUGCCCCCGGGAACCCCCCACUCCCCAUCGGGAGACCCCUGCCCCCGGGAACCCCCCACUCCCCAUCGGGAGACCCCUGCCCCCGGGAACCCCCCACUCCCCAUCGGGAGACCCCUGCCCCCGGGAACCCCCCACUCCCCAUCGGGAGACCCCUGCCCCCGGGCGGCCCCCACUCCCCAUCGGGCGACCCCUGCCCCCGGGAACCCCCCACUCCCCAUCGGGCGACCCCUGCCCCCGGGAGGCCCCCACUCCCCAUCGGGCGACCCCUGCCCCCGGGAAUCCCCCCACUCCCCAUCGGGAGACCCCUCCCCCCGGGAGGCCCCCACUCCCCAUCGGGCGACCCCUGCCCCCGGGAACCCCCACUCCCCAUCGGGCGACCCCUGCCCCCGGGAAUCCCCCCACUCCCCAUCGGGCGACCCCUGCCCCCGGGCGGCCCCCACUCCCCAUCGGGCGACCCCUGCCCCCGGGCGGCCCCCACUCCCCAUCGGGCGACCCCUGCCCCCGGGAGGCCCCCACUCCCCAUCGGGAGACCCCUGCCCCCGGGCGGCCCCCACUCCCCAUCGGGCGACCCCUGCCCCCGGGAGGCCCCCACGCCCCAUCGGGAGACCCCUGCCCUCGGGCGUCCCCAGAUGCUCCCCCCCCAGGAGCCCCCGGCCCCGCCCCGGCCGCUCCGCCGAAGCUCGCACACCUGCCGCCACCUGCCCCGCCCGCGCGCGGGCCGCAUACCUGCGGGUCCGCCGGGCAGCCGAUCUGGCUGCGCAGCUGCGUCUCCGCGUCCGCCGGGGGCGGGGCCUCACCGGGGCGGGGCCAGGCUGUGGGCGGGGCCUGA